CGUAAGGAGUACAUGUGCACAGCGGAUUAACAUUAAUUAUAAUUUUUAUUGUUGUUUGUUUAAUUAAUAACAAUAAUAGGUGUAGUGCGUAGUGCGCGAGGCCAGUGUCGUGCGAGAGCUUGUAACCGCGAGAGUUUAGUGUACGCGACCGUUGUUGAGCUGGACCAGCAACAAGCCCAACAAACGAGUCUCGUGUGUCCGUUGAUCCGGCUUAAACGUCACGCCCGAUCCGCUCCGGCAGGAAUCAGCUGUUUAAUCCUCUCCCGCGGGUUUGCUGUUUUGCUCCAGGGAUCACUGGCAGGCGCAUCGGUGAUCAAUCGAUCAACCAUCAAAUAGUGUUCUUUGCGGUGUUGAAAUCUAGCUGAAUUGUGACGUAUUAACUUGGAUAAGCCAGUGAGCUAAACUCGUUGUGAAGGUGUGUGAACAAAAUCUACUGAUCUAUCAAUCGGUAACAAACGAUCACUAUGACCCAAUUGUAGUGCUCAUUACAGAAAAUAUCAUGAAUGGGUUAUCGGUUUAGCGAGUGAUAUUUGAUGACAACUUUGGGAAUUACGUGGAAAAGUGUCCCAUAGGAACGGGUUGGUACCUGAACCAACGGUGGUGUCGUAACAGAGUGUGUCAUUAAACCGUGUUUAGUGUGUAAAAUCAGUGUGAUAAGUGUUUCCAGAGCAUAGCUGUCAGAACAGCAUUUCUUGAUCACCAGUCGAGAGAAAUAGCCGUGAAAAUUUUUCCCUUCGGAGAGCUGCAUUCAUCGAUCGGGAGCUUGUGCACACCCACCUUCCGAAGACUCUUUUGCACUCUUGAGGCAUACCACGGAGCAAGUCGGGAAGAAAUGUCACAAGAAGUCCCCGGAAAUCCUACAGCACAAGCGCCUCCGUCUGCCAUCAUCGGCUCUCCAGAUCAGCAGCAGCAAAAAAUUAACACCGUGGCGCUACAUUCGACUGAAGCCCUGAUGGCGGGCUUUCUCAAGUCGACCGAUCUCGGUCCGCACGGUCCGCACGGAUACGGCAGUUCGCACCAUCCGCAUCAUGCCCAUCCGCACGGACCGUUGCCGCCCGGAAUGCCUAUGUCAUCGCUUGCUCCGUUUGGUUUGCCCCACGGGCUCGAUGCUGUAGGAUUCCCGCAAGGUAUGUGGGGAGUAAACCCACGGAAGCAGCGACGAGAACGGACUACCUUCACCCGUGCCCAGUUGGAUGUCCUGGAGUCUCUGUUUGGUAAAACGCGCUAUCCAGACAUUUUCAUGCGCGAGGAAGUUGCAAUGAAAAUCAACCUGCCCGAAUCACGAGUACAGGUUUGGUUUAAGAACCGGCGAGCCAAAUGUCGUCAGCAGCUUCAACAUCAGACCUCCUCGAACCUCAACAGCAGUAAAACGUCCAGCAGUUCGUCCACGCGGCAGUCCAAUACCGGUUCAUCAUCGUCAUCGUCGUCAAAUAACAACAACAACAACAACCACGCAACAGCCACCGGUGCCAGUAGUAAUAAGACUUCGUCAAUCGCCAAUGCGAACAAUAAGCCCACGAUCAAACACACGCCGAUGAAUAGCCACAACAAUUCGUCCAGUGGAGCAAACAGUGCCGGCGGAGCGAAUGUUAGCAAUACUGGAAAUAGUGCAAGCAACCAUUCAAGCAGUCACAACGGUGCUAGUCUAGGAAUAACCCAUAGUAAUGCCUCACCGAUCCUUCCAAUCACGCCAUCGACUUCGGUGAGUCCACCAAUCAAUGUGAUCUGUAAAAAGGAGCAACCGUCCUUCCACCAUACCCAAAACAACGACUCGAUGAAAGCCUCCUCUGGCUACGAUCUGCUGAAAGAUCCCGAGCUAAGUCUAUCUCACCACACACCAGCCUAUGUGAACAUCAAUUCCCGGUUAGGGCAGUCACUGGGGGCUGGCGGGGCUGGAGUCUCAAAUGGGCCGUCUGCGGGCAAUCUGACGCCUCUAGGUUCAAAUUCAUCGAUCAUGACCACACCUUCACCUCCAAUCACUCCGCAAACCUCACAUAAUCCACUAUCGUACGUGCCAAACCAUGAAACGUACAAUUUCUGGCACAACCAGUACCAACAGUACCCCAACAACUACAACACUCCAUCCUACUACAGUCAGAUGGAUUACUUCCAGAACCAGAACCAGAGUAACUACAACAUGGGCCAUUCUGGGUACACGACGUCGGCAAACUUCGGUCUGGCCUCGACUUCUGCUCUGACCGGUCCCAUGGGAGGGCAAACCUUCAGCCCCAACGGGCUAGAUUACAUGAAUCCACAGGAUAAAUAUGUAAAUGGAAUGGUGUAAGCUCGGGCUGCCAAUCAUUAUUUCUCAUAUCACGACAACGAUUAAGCAUGGGGAAAAAUUUGUUAACGAAUGUGUCUACUUAGCAAUGUUUUCAUAACCGAUUUUGCGUUGAAGGAGAUGCAAGAUCCUGCUGAAAUAAAACCAUUAUCAUUAAAAAGCCCCCAAAAUGCUUUCAUGCUUUCAUGCUUCAGUUCCGCCAGUCUUCUUACAAUCAUAUCAAACCGUGCGAACGCCAAUCAGCAAGUUCGUGUCUUUUUGUUCAAUGUUACUGUUUUGAGUUAAUCUCAUGCGAACGAAACCUUAAUUUAUUUGUUAGGCUGCCAUAGGACGGAAGUACCAGCAGAAAUGAAGAACGAACAUUUCUCAAAGUUCGAAAGUAGUGUAAAAAGAAACCUAAAGAAUCAAUCAAAAUUGAGGAAGAAUCGAUAUCAAAUUGUUCAUAUCAGUAUUUUUUGAUAGGAUCAGAAAAAGUGAACGCAAGUAUUUAACAAAUGAAGAAGUGGAAAAAAAGAACAUCAUACAUCGAUUUGCAAGCGCCAAAUGUGUUACAAAAUCUCCUUUUAAGAAAAAUUAAACAAUGCAGAAAUUUAUCGGAAGGUGUAAAUCCAUGUCUGGUGAUCAGCAUGCUUCAAGCAAGUCCAGCAGCAUGGAUAGAGCGUGUAACAAAACAUACAAAAAAAAUCUGAUAUUAAAAUGCUCACUCGUGUGUAGGAUAGUUAAGGCAACUGGAUUAUACGGUGAGAGAAUUUGUGCAAUUUAUUUUCCAGACAGAAAGAGUGAAUGAGAGAGGAUUGACAGAAGGUAUGAGUUUGAGCUCAGUUUUCGUAUUUAUUUCCUCUCGCCACCUAGCCGAAAUACUCAAGCAAGACUUGAUUCGUUUUAUUAGUGUUUGCUGAAAAGUUAUUAUUUUCAGUCGUAUUCUUUUUAAGAACCAACUUUUUAACAUCAUGAAAAGAAAGCAAAAGAAAACCGCGAUAAGAUUAGGUAAACAUAAGAUUAAACGACUAAAUGAAUUAAAAGCCCAUCAAAAUGCUAUAUAGUUGUACAUGGAUCGAUGAUUUAGAGAUAAUGUAAGCAAAUGCGCCCUUCCGUUUCCAGAGGAGGACGCUAACAAGAGAUUAUCAAAUCACAACAGCUGUAAAAGAAAAGAAAAGCAACGCGAUGGUUACUUAUCGAGAAAAAGGAUUGCUAAUUAAUUGAUAAUUAAGUAAAUGAUCAGAUAAUCUCCAAUUGUACAUAGUAAAUCGAAAUAUUAUAUAAUUAUAUUAUCUCAA